AUGGCAAGGGGCGGGGCGUCUGACGAGGGGGGCGGGGCGUCUGACGAGGGGGGCGGGGCGUCUGACGAGGGGGGCGGGGCGUCUGACGAGGGGGGCGGGGCGUCUGACGAGGGGGGCGGGGCGUCUGACGAGGGGGGCGGGGCGUCUGACGAGGGGGGCGGGGCGUCUGACGAGGGGGGCGGGGCGUCUGACGAGGGGGGCGGGGCGUCUGACGAGGGGGGCGGGGCGUCUGACGAGGGGGGCGGGGCGUCUGACGAGGGGGGCGGGGCGUCUGACGAGGGGGGCGGGGCGUCUGACGAGGGGGGCGGGGCGUCUGACGAGGGGGGCGGGGCGUCUGACGAGGGGGGCGGGGCGUCUGACGAGGGGGGCGGGGCGUCUGACGAGGGGGUCGGGGCGUCUGACGAGGGGGUCGGGGCGUCUGACGAGGGGGUCGGGGCGUCUGACGAGGGGGGCGGGGCGUCUGACGAGGGGGGCGGGGCGUCUGACGAGGGGGGCGGGGCGUCUGACGAGGGGGGGCGGGGCGUCUGA